AGCUGUCCCUCGGCAGCCACCGUAGAAGCGCCGGAGGACUAAUGGGAGUGUUUUGUCUCUCUGCAGCUUCCGUAGUCCACAGGCAAAGAUGGCGGAGUAUUCCUGUGUCAAGAAAACGAAGCUGGUUCUUAAGGGGACGAAAUCGAAAAGCAAGAAAAAAAGCAAAGAUAAGAAAAGGAAAAGAGAAGAUAAUGUUGAGGAUCAGCUUGACAUUGUUGAAGGCUGGUGGAAGGUAACAAACUUUGGUGAAAUCACAGGAACUGUAGCCAUAGAAAUGGGUCUUGGAACAUACAUCAGUGCUCUUGACAAUGGCCUGUUUACUCUUGGGGCUCCUCAUAAAGAUGAAGGCCCUAGCCCACCUGAACAAUUUACUGCUGUCAAGCUGUCAGAUACAAGGUAAUUGCUUUCCUUGGCUUUAAAUUACUUUUGAGUUAAUUGUGCUUUCAUAGAUUUUGAUAUAAAAUAAUGUCUGAGAUGGGUUAUCUCUUCCCAGAUCUCCUAGCUUAGAAACAAUAUUAUGCAUGUGUGUGCCUGUCAACUUAUGGCAACCCC